AUGCCUUGGUCAGCAUCUCGCUCUUUCCGACCACCCCGCAUUCAGCACAAGCUCCUCCGUCUGGUGAUCACGCAGGCAGGCGCCCGUUCAGCCGAGGAGCUCCAGGCGGACAUUACAGUCCGGGACAUUGUCGAGGACCUUUGCAGAGCCAUGGGCCUGAGCAGCAAGUCGGUGCACGUGCUCGGGACCGAGGCCCUGACACAGCACCCCGUAUUUCGAGGUGUCGAUUGCGACCGCAUCAAGGACAUCGAGGGCUUCGUCAGACGCACGCCUUGCCUCCAAGCCGACUGCAACGCCACCUGCCCCCAUUGCAAGCUGGCCGAGUUGCUGGAAGAGCGCUUCGACGGCGACUUCAGUCAAGGCCUGCGGGACGCCAUCGAUCGCUCCUCGCUUCAGAGGCUGACACGUCCUGCUGGCAGCUUCCGGUUCCAGCAGGUGCUCCACCCCUGCGACGUGGACCUUGAGGAGUAUGUCGUGGUGAGCACGGUAAGCAUGCAGGCUACGGAUCUGAACGAGAUGGGGGAGACACCGAAGGGAGCCGCGGGAGCCGCCAUCAGAGAAUUGAUGAAGCUGCUCCAAGACCUCUGCGAAGGAGCUUCCACGGCCAGCUCUGAGACGACUCUGCAUGUGGUUGCGCUAAAGGCCGGCAAGAAUCCGGCGAAGCCAGGCGAGUCUCUGAGCUGGUCCGUGAAGGAAGUGAUGGCAGGAGAGAAGAGGUGCCUUCAGAGUGCGGAGCCAGUGAAGCUGGAGGAUGCUUUGCAGCAGCAGGGGGGACGGACGGCCAAGAUCGACUGUUACGUCAAGUGCGGGCUUCUUGAGAGGAGCAUGGAAGAUGCGCCGCGCUUCUAUGAGCUCACGAACGUCAUCCGAUGCGGCUACGAUCCCGGCAACAGCUUGGUCCACCCGGUGACUCCCGAGGUUGACUUCCUUCAUGUGGUGGAGAAGGACAUGCGUAAGUACUCGGGCCCACAUCCCAAAGCCAUGAAGCUCGCGAAACGCCUGUGGGAGCACAGCGCGUAUCUGGCCCAGCGGUCCAUCGACGUCGAGAAGCAUUUGGCUGUGCUCCAGGCCCUGAAGCCGAUCUUCGGAGGAUGGCCGGCCCAGCUGGCGCAGGUCGCCGCGCAUGCGGAGACACUUCGGGACAUGCUGUCGAGGACAAGCUUGCACAGAGAAGCGCUGAACGACAUUCCAUGUCUGAGUGAAAGCUUGAGAAGGCUCCAGGUGCAGCUCAAGCUGGAAGGGCCCGGGCGGGAGGCGGCAAUGGAUGGUAGCGCAUGCAUCGAAGAUGUCCUCACAAGACUUCAGCGGAUCCAGACAGGAUGUCACGAGCUUGCCGGCGAGCGCGUGGGAAGCUGUAUUGAAGCAAGUCCAGGAUGUGCUGGAGGGCUGCGUGGAGCUUGCGGUGGUCAACUGGUUCGGCAGCUCGCAGAACUUCAAGCGCCCCAUCGUCGAGCCCUCCGCGCGCUGUGGGACUUUCCCUCAGACCAUCCACCCGUCGGGGCUCAGGUGGCCAUGAACAUGAAAACCGGAAGUGGUCAGGAGCGGCCGAGCAAGAGCCUCUACGUCUGCUCCUGGAACGUCCUAAACAGGCACUACAUGAAGUUCAUCGAGGAAGACUUGCAGGGUCUCAAGGGCUCCCGCUUGCAGCAGAUAAGUGCCGAGCAGAGGGCACAGGAGAUCGUGGACGCCGUCAUGGAGAUGCUGUGCCACGAGUCGCAUCCGAAAGCCGUCCUCUGCCUCCAGGAGUGCUGGUCCGAGCUGCUCGACCUGCUGGAGCCGGAGCUGCUUGCGGAAGGUUAUGGCAUGCUCUGCACGGGCACGGACAGGAGCCAGAAGAACCAGGAGGCAAUCAUCUUCGAUAAGACCUUCCUGGCGCUCCGUGACUUCCGGUGCUAUCCGUACGCGUCCGAGCCGAAGAAGGUUGUUGCCGUGGCCCUCUUUCACUGGCUGGGAGAAGCGGGCGACGAUGGCCAGCUCCGGGUCAUCACCACGCACCUCCCGGGCCGGCCCUACGGUCCCGCGCGGCGGGAGUUCUGCGACUGCGUCGCCGGCCUCGUCAAAGAGGAUUGCGGCUCCGUCCCCACUCUGCUGGCCGGCGACCUGAACUUCCCUCAAGAGGCGAUUGGCCCGCUGCUCAGACAAACAGGCCAGCUGACGGAGGUGCAUUUUGCAGCGAUCCCGUACCCGACCAACAUCUGUGAUGCUUCGUGGCUCCCGAAGAGGAUCGACAGUAUCGCGUCUCUGUCGCCCGCUCACCUCUUGAAGGUCAAAGCGUUGGAAGCGGACAACGUCCUCUCGGGCCUGCAGCGGCACAUGGAUCUUCUGUGCUACAGGUGCCUGGGCCUGGAUUCGCCUUCAGGCGCUGCGGCUGCUGACGAGGAGACUGGUGGCAGUGGGCUCCGACCUCAAGUGCCAUCCGAAGCUCCCAGCCAGGAGGCUGCCAGGGUGAGGGGCAUCCGCGCGGCCCAGUUCCGGCGGACCCGUGGCACCCAGGAGCUCGCGGCUGCCAAGGCUGGGGCCGAGCCUGGCGACGUCCGUGCGACCGGAAGUGGCGACCACAUCCUCGGUGGCUAG